AUAUAUAUAUAUAUAUAUACGACAUCUUUUUUACCAAACAUUAACGUAAAAAUUUUUUAAAGAUAAAAAAAUCAAAUUAUUCUUAUUUUAUUAUAUUAUAUUAUAUUUUUUCUUAUUACGAAAAAUGAAUAAUAUUACACAAGUUAAUAUGAUUCAUCAAAAUAGUUAUCAUAAAUUUUCUCAGGAAACUUCUAAAGCUACAGGAAAUGUUACUUCGUCCAAUUCGAAAGAUUUGAAUCAACUUCCUUAUAUAAAGUUACCAUUUCCUCCAACAAUUCGUGCAUCAGAUAUAGCAAAAAAAAGAAUACGUUCAAAAAUUUGUUCGAAAAGUCCAAAUGCAUUCUUCGUUUAUCGUAAAGCAUUCGUUGACCAACUAUCAAAUUUUACUGGUAAAAAUAAAUUAAAAAUGACUGAAGUUUCUAGACUCGUAUCUUCCCGUUGGAAGAUGGAAAGUAAACAAGUUAAACUUGCUUAUGAAGAAAUUGCAAAACAAGUAGAACAAGAAUUAAAUAAUAUUAGAAACAAAGAUUUAGUAUAUACUGACGAUUUUGAUAUUGGAAGGAGAAAGAAAAAGAAUAAUAAAAGAGGUCGAAGAUCGGAAUUUGGAUUUGACGCUUUCUUUAUGAAUCUUAAAGGAAAUUUUAAUAUUUCAACACUUGAUUUUUCAGUAAAACCCAAUAAUAAUGAUGAUAAAAAUAAUUCGGACAACAUUAAUUCUAAUUGCAACUCAAAUUUUAAUUCUCCGUC